AUGACAGCAAAGCACACCGUGGCCGUGAUUGGCUCGCUGAACAUCGACUUCAUUACACGAACCUCGCGUCUGGCAGAAGCUGGCGAGACUCUCGGGGCAAAAUCAUUCGAUACAGGAUUCGGCGGAAAAGGAGCCAAUCAAGCAGUUGCGUGUGCACGUCUUGCUGGCGAUAAUGUCAAAGUCCGAAUGGUGGGAAAUGUUGGCGAUGAUAACUUUGGAAAUGAUUACUUUGCAGCCCUGGAAAAGGAAGGGAUCGAUGCUAGUGGCGUGCGGAGAUUGAAGGGCGAGAAGACUGGUGUGACGAAUAUCAUCGUUGAAGAGUCCAGUGGGGAGAACCGGAUUUUGUUUGUUGCGAACGCGAAUGAGAAAUUUGGGGAGAGUGAAGAUCUUGUUGUUGAGAAUAUGGAAGGGGAUGUUGUCAUUUUCCAGCUGGAGAUUCCAUUGAAGACGGUUUUACAUAACAUGCGCAAGGCAAGAGAAGCGGGAAAACAUGUCAUGGUCAACCCGGCACCUGCUGUCGCGCUACCAGAAUCUGCCUUCAAGGAUAUGGACACUCUCAUCAUGAAUGAGACCGAAUCACAAAUUCUUUCCGGGUCUACUGUCAGUACAACCGACCCCUUGAAUCUGGCAAAGCAGUUCCUGCAGAAAGGCGUCCGGGAGGCUGUAAUCAUCACCCUAGGAGGAGAUGGUCUCGUAUACGCCACUGCCGAUGGACAGUUUGGUCGUCUGGAUGCUCACAAGGUAAAAGUCGUCGACACGACUGCUGCAGGAGACACAUUCGUCGGCGGUUACGCUGUGGAACGGGCGCGGAACAUCAAUGGAACAUUCGACUAUGAUAGAGCGCUCAAGUUUGCAAAUUUGGCCGCUUCUAAGACUGUUGAAAGGGCUGGCRCCAUGUCUGCGAUUCCAUUCCUGGAGGAAGUCCGGUGA